CCAAUGUACAGCAGAUGACAACAACAAUGCCAACAGUGACAAAGAUGCCAACUUAUUUACUCUUGGCCUCACGUAGCGCGAUAAUAAGCAAAAGCGACCGCACAUGCGUAUUCAUACACGAGCUUGCACAGUUAAAUUUGGGUUUAUGUACAUGGGCAGCCGCCGAUAAGCAGAUAAGAUCGACCCACCAUUCGAUGCGUGAACAGGUGAAUUAGUUUUGAAAGGAAUGCGAUGGCAAGUGCGUGUAAUCAGCUGCCUUUCCCGCAAUGUUUUCGCAUAAGAGUUCCCGUUAAGAAUAGCCAUUCACCCCACCCUAUUGAAUGUCUGCCUGAUAGCCAUAGUGCUAGCCUCUCGCCACUCGCGCUCCCCCGCUGGCCUGUCUGAUUUAAUAAACGCUCCAUACAUUCUCUACAACUACUCGCCGUUCAGUAUGUAGAAGGUGGCUGAUAAGAUGUAUGAUUCUUAUCGCAUACGCUCGUGCUUACCCAUAUAUGAGAGCAUUCGCUAACAAACGCACUCAGUUGUCGUGAAAUCGCCCCACACAACGGUUCUAAGAGUAUAGUUAAAAGAAAAUCAAAUCAAAUUAGACUCCAAAUCGCAAAAAGUUGAAAACUAAAAUAACUAAAAAAAUAAGCAAAAACUAUAAAACCUGCUACACGAUGGCAGUACAAAAUUCUCAAUUUCCCAGCAGUGGCCUUAACUCUGUCUUCGUGCCAACGAGCGCUUACUACCAGCACCUGAAUGCCGCCUCUGCCGCUCUAGCUGCCUAUGAGGGUUGGACCCAUUUGGACUUUCUGUCGACACAUAUAGCUCACUCGCCGUCCGCGCCACCUGAUGAGACGCUACAAAUGCACCACUUAAGAUUCCCAACACCGCCAAUAACACCACCAUAUAAUAUUAGCGCAUACAAGCUAGCCACCCGUCCACAUACAACGGCCACACGUACGCGAUCGGUCAUAAUGAAAAUUGGGCAGGAUCAAUCGGAUAGUAGUAUGCCACCAACACCAGAUCAUGCCGAUGAUAUUGCUGUGGAUAUUGUUGGAUUGGAUGACGCCGCUGCUAACACUGAAGCGCUGCACCAUGAAACUGGUAUAACGAUGACGACGUCAACCACUAGCAGCGCCAGCUCGACCCCAAAACGCAGUGAAUACGUCUGCGAAUGGAGCGGUUGUGACAGAGAUCACAGCACCCUCGAAGCAUUAGCCGCUCAUGUAACCAAAGUUCAUGCAGUCGCUUCCCCCGUCGAUGGCUUGUACUAUUGCCGUUGGAACGGUUGUACACGCAUGCGCGGCUUCUCUGCCCGCUAUAAGAUGCUCGUACAUGCACGCACCCACACCAAAGAGAAGCCCCAUCAAUGCCAUCUCUGCACAAAAAGUUUCUCUCGAGCAGAAAAUUUAAAGAUUCACAUUCGUUCACAUUCGGGCGAGAAACCAUACCUAUGUACUUAUGAAGGUUGCCAUAAAGCCUAUUCAAAUUCGUCGGAUCGUUUCAAGCACACCCGCACCCAUGCUAUGGAUAAACCGUAUAUGUGUAAAGUGCCCGGUUGCCAGAAACGGUAUACAGACCCAUCAUCGUUGCGCAAACAUGUGAAAACUUUCAAACAUGCUAUACAAUUGAUUGGUACCGCUGCUGUUACACCCAUCAAUAGAGCCAUUAUUGGUGGAGCAGAAACGGCAGCAGCUCCAUCUGCUCUACAGACACAUAGACCCUGCAUAAUUCCAACUCUUACACAGAAUGCCGUAACUGUAGCAGAAAACCACCAUCUGCAUUCUGAUGCCUAUUCAAAAGGUUACAGCGACACGACAAUACCGGUUUGCCAACUCUGCGCACCGCCACCACCGCCACCUCACUACUAUCUACAUGCCAUGGAAGAGGAUAUUUGCAACAUCAAGGCAGCUCAACUCGAUUACUAUUAUGCCACAACAGAUCAUUCUCCGGCCACUAACAGUACUGCAUCCAGCAAUUGCUGCAGUUCCAAUGUACAUGGCGAUCAGAGUACUGGGUUCCCCAUGGAACUAGAAACUCCCCUCGACUUGCGAGUGAAUCGAAGUUGAAAGCGAACAAAUUUGGAUACAAUUCGAAUUAAAAAGCGCUAACUCUAGUCUAGCAGAUUAGUCUGUAAUCAAAUACACACACACACACAUACAUGUGCAUAAAAGAUGGAUUAAGGGAUUCAUGAAAUUACAAUUUUUAAUUCUCCAACAAAUACUGAAUACUGCUCACAUAAUACGAGUACUACCAAUACUGUUGUUUUGUUAUUGCAUGUGUUUUUUUAUCAAGACUGUUUUAUUUUGAAAACAAAAUAAAUUAAAAUAAGAAAUUAAAUGAAG